AGUUACUGAAAGUCGGAAAACAUAUGUGCCUUUCUUGAACAACUGCUACUUGCUCGUGUCACCGUCAGUGUUUGCGUGCAGUCUUAGUUGGCUCACGCUCCACGAAUACUCAAAAUGUCAGACUUCUUUUCUGGAACGUCUUGACUUUUCCAGAGUAUGUGCAUGUCAGUGAUGUGGACGGAGAAGAAAAAUCGACGUAUGUGUGUGUCUGUACCCCAAUCGCAAAGGACAGGUAUAUAGACUUGUUCCCUGAAACGCUACACAACACUGCAUUCCCCUUACACAAUUUCUGCACGCGGCUGGCUGAAAGCAUCCCAGGUGCCACCGUAUUCUCGAUCCAGUUCGUUUCUGUAGUAACGUAAGCGUGCUGCAGGUACGGUAAACGGCAAACCUCGAUUUCCACGUCUUCCGUAUGAUAUUCAAGUGCUCUGGUCCCUUUAUACGUGUUCCCGCUACUCCAGGAUCCGGCGCAGCCGUAGCGUCAACAAAGAGCUCUAUUACAUGCCAAGCGGUUUCACAGGUACACACUUGUAAUACGAACCGGUCAAAAGCACCUACUAAAAGGAGCUCUCGUUUUCCUACAUCGCCCUUUUUCUCUUCUCCGGUGGUCUUUCUGUCAUCGCGUAUCCUCGGCUGGCUUUACCGGAGGGGGAAAUCAGUUUAGACGCACGCUUGCCUUCCGUGCGAACAACCAACGCUGCAGUCGAGGAAGUCCUGACAUUGGGCUGUGUUCUCGAUUCUGCAUUUCAACUUUUUUCCUCUUUUCUGUGAAUUCUCCUGAGGUAAAGGGUCAACAGUCUCGUCGCCAUGGCGCCGAACAGAGUCUUUUUCGCUUCCCUUUGCCUUCCCGCCUUUUUCUGGUGCUUGCUUCAAGGACGGGUUGCCUCUGGCGGUUCCGAAGCUCAUGAGGGAACGCUGAAGCCAGCAACAAUACGCUUCUCAGAUCCUGCCGCCCUCACCGCUGCCGCACGUGCUGCCCAAACAGCGGUGGACGGAGAUGCUGAAGACGCAGUCGGCUUGCUUGGAGUGCCUGCCGCUGCGCCUCCGAGUUCUUCGUCGUCCUCGCCGCCAGCCACGGACAAGGCAGAGGACUCAAGGGAUUCGUCCUCCACUUCUGCAACCUCUGCACAAGAGUCGAAGGAAGAGAGCGGAAAUUCGUCAGCCUCUCCCCAGCCAUCCCGUCAGUCCGGAGUGUUGGAGCGUGACGUGAGUCAGUGGCACUCCUCCCGUAAAGGCGAAGACUUGGUCUAUCCGGUCCACCGCCAAGGGGACCAGCCUCCAGAAGCUGCCUUUCAUCCGCCUCACGAUCACCUCCGGGAGCACCACCCGACUUGUCCAGCAGAUUGUCUCGAAGACUGGGUGGGUGACGGUUGGUGCGACAGCGAAUGCAACGUGGCAGAAUGCGGGUACGACGGGCCGGAUUGCGAAGGCUGGUGCGGCGGCGAAUGUCGCCCAGGCUGGCCCGGGGAUGGCCAGUGCGACUUGGAAUGUUACAAAGAGGAGUGCGACUGGGACGGCGGCGACUGCAAAGCUUGGUCGGACCGCAGUUUGCCUAGUGUGCAUACCCUCCAGCAGAAGCUGGCGGACGUAGCCGCGAACGGGGAGGACCCCGACUCGUCUGUUUCUCAACUGCUGAAGCAGGAGCUCGGUCUGGCUGCUUGCGAAUGCGUCAAAGGCAAACUCGGGAACGGCGUUUGCAACCCCGAGUGCAACACUUACGAGUGCCAAUUCGACGGCUUCGACUGCCGGCAAAUGUGCUCGCUCGAGUGCCCCCACGUCUGGCUCGGCGACGGCAAGUGCGACAAAGAGUGUGACGUCCCCGAGUGCUACCACGACAAGGGCGACUGUGACACUUGCUCGGGAAACUGUCGCACGUGGAUGAUCGGAAACGGAAUCUGCGACCCAGAUUGCAACAAUAAAGACUGCGGCUACGACAACGGCGACUGCAACGGCAUCACGUGGGUCACCGCGGUCGACUACGACGCUAAGCCGUACGUGUACCAGUUCUGCGCGCGCGAAUUCAUUGGCGACGGCAACUGCGACGAAAACUGCUACAACGCGGAAAGUGAGUGGGAUGGCGGAGACUGCCGCGGAUCCGCUCUAGCGAAACGCCUCGCGGCUGACGGUAUCGGCCCACAAUUUCCCGUGGCCAAAAAAGUGAGAACGAAUACUCAGGGUGAAACCGGUGCAGAGUCGGCGAGUGACAAAGAGAAGAAGACGGAGAAACAAAACGGACCAGACGGUGACGAGCACCAAGGACAACAAGUAGAGAACAAGCUGGCGGAACAAACCGACGAGCAGAAAAAAACAGAAGAACAACAGCCCACGAGAAGGCUGCUCAAGUAGCCGGCCGCAUUCCAAGUUGCCCAAGGAACAAGGGACAACGCCUCACAAAGAGCGAAAUGAACGGUUUCUGCGUUUCUUAGCUGCACCUUAAAUAAUGCAAGCAGAAACGCUAGAACGUGUGACGGAUAGACCUAGUGAAUGACGGGUCGGUGUAAUGCAAUGGGCGAAACAGGGGCAAGGUCCGUGACGUAUCGGGGGCCAGAGAAACGACACAAAGGAAACGCAAAUGUGAGAAGACAGGUGUAGAACGAGAUGAAACGACACAAAAUCGCAACGUGACAAACGGACAACGCAGACAGAUUCUCCCAAAUGGAGAUAUGCACCUCGGCAGCAAACAGGUGGAUCUUACCUAGAUGUACGCUCUAUCCAUACAAGACAUAUGCGUGUAUGAAAGUAGACCGAUAUACGUAUAUAUCUAACACCUAGGUAUAUAAUGCAUAGGUAUAUAUAUAUAUAUAUAUAGAGAGAGAGAGGGAGUAGCUGCAGGUCAGUGUGCAACGAUCCGCAGUGAACGAAUGAGUCCGUUUGGGGGCCUUCGAUUUACGGGAAAUUGAAGAGUGUGGCGUUGCCAUCCCCCCGGGAUCGAGACUGAAGAUUUUGCCUUUCCACUACACAGAAAGACCUGCAGCUUUCGUCAGGCAAAGAGAGAAGUCGUGAAAUUGUGUUCUACAGAACGGUCCCGUAUUCCGUUCACAUGGCUCUCCAGUUUUCUCGCAGUGCUGAGAUCGAAAUGCCAGUGUCAUUUCCCCCCGAGUUCCUUCCCGUCCAUAGAGAAGGCCAACCAUUUACUGUCCACCCUCGUCUGCAGGGCUUGUUUCAACGUGUGAACUGGUAAAGAGAGGAUGCGGAUUUUAACAAGGGGAUCUAUGAAGUGCACCUGUGUCAGCCUCGCAGACGAGCGCUUCUCUUUUGUUUGCAUGCUGUCGGCUUCACUCGCCGUGAAACCCGC